CUCUAAUCAUUUCUGUAGAUAUUUCAAGGAAUAACAGUGUGAAGCUUGCAUCUGCUUCUUAGAUAUUUUAAUAAACAUCUUGUAGUGAAAUGCUCCAUUUUUUGUGCGGAUCUAAAAGAAGUGAUAAGUGUAAUAUGUUUAUUUAAAAUUAUUGUUAACAAGGAUUUUGUCAGCCAUUUUACCAGUGGUCUGUCCAGGAUUUUUCAGCCCAACUAGAGGUGUUGUGUGUCCUUAAUUUCAUAACUGUGCUAGCAAAACUAUUUGAAAGCUAUUUUGAAAAGCAACACCUGAUAACAUAUGGAAUUGAAAAAGGAAAUUAAAGUGAAAAAUGUGAAUACAGGUUAUAAUCUGUCUGGAUUUAUAUUGGCUUUAGGCCAAAUCUUAUAAUAAUUGUAACAUUUGUGUUGCAUGUUGGAAGACAAGCACUUUUUGUUUUGAAGCUACAUUUUGAUGAUAACUUAUAUUGUGUAAGAGGAGUUUUCCCCCUUGUUUAAGCCUGUCAAGAUGACGAGUACUGAGUUAGAUGCUCUUCGACAGGAAACAGAACAACUCAAAAACCAAAUUAGGGAAGCAAGAAAAGCGGCAGCAGACACUACUUUAUUACAAGCCACAGCAAAUGUUGAACCACUUAGUCGAAUACAGAUGCGCACCCGACGCACACUCCGGGGCCAUCUUGCUAAAAUAUAUGCCAUGCACUGGGCAUCAGAUUCAAGAAAUCUAGUAUCAGCUUCACAAGAUGGUAAACUCAUAGUUUGGGAUGGAUACACAACAAAUAAGGUUCAUGCAAUUCCACUGCGUUCCAGUUGGGUGAUGACUUGUGCCUAUGCCCCAUCAGGGGCUUAUGUAGCCUGUGGUGGUUUAGAUAAUAUCUGUUCAAUCUACAGUCUUAAAACACGUGAGGGCAAUGUGCGUGUGAGUAGAGAAUUGCCCGGACAUACAGGAUACCUUUCAUGUUGUAGAUUUCUUGAUGAUAAUCAGAUAGUAACAAGUUCUGGAGAUAUGACAUGUGCUCUAUGGGAUAUAGAAACUGGUCAACAAACAACAGCUUAUCUUGGUCAUACCGGAGAUGUAAUGAGCCUGUCAUUAGCUCCAGACAUGAGGACCUUUGUAUCAGGGGCCUGUGAUGCUUCAGCUAAGUUGUGGGAUAUCAGAGAUGGUAUGUGCAAACAGACUUUUUCUGGACAUGAAUCUGAUAUUAAUGCUAUUACAUAUUUUCCUAAUGGUUUUGCAUUUGCAACUGGUUCUGAUGAUGCCACAUGCAGAUUAUUUGAUAUUCGUGCUGACCAGGAGAUUGGAAUGUACUCGCAUGACAACAUAAUAUGUGGAAUCACGUCAGUGGCCUUCUCCAAGUCUGGAAGACUUUUACUGGGAGGUUAUGAUGAUUUCAACUGUAAUGUAUGGGAUGUCUUGAAACAAGAACGUGCAGGUGUGCUUGCUGGCCACGAUAAUAGAGUUAGCUGUCUUGGAGUAACAGAAGAUGGAAUGGCUGUUGCCACAGGAUCUUGGGAUAGUUUUCUGAAGAUCUGGAAUUGAAGCUGUUGUGUUGCUAAAUAUAGACUGAAUAUAUAAAACACAAGCCUCAAUUCUGUUUGUAUAGUAUGAUGUAUGUAACUACACCAUUAUACUGGCAUAGUCACUAGUGCAGCAGUGCUGGUGAUAUCUGCUACUGACUGUGAACUAUGAGAUAAAACAUUGGAUUAUGUAAGGACCCUCUCACAAUUAUUUAUAUCAACAUUUACACUUUUUUCUGUUACGAAGCCUGCAACUUAUAUAGCUGCCAGAUGUGUUGACAUGGACAAUACCAUUACAGCUGUAGGGGACUAUAGUGACCAGUAAAUCUAGCCGAAAUCUCUUUAUAAAACAAGUUUGCAUGUCUUAAAUCUCCUAGUUGUAUACGUGUGUGCAAUGUAGUAACUGGUCAUAGUGUACAAGUUUUGUCAAUUUGAUAUAUUCAUAUACAUGUAUCAUCUUUUAUAGAAGGUCCUGUGCUUUUUAAAAUAUAUAUAUAUGAAUAUUGAUUUAUAUUGAAGUAAGGUACUAAUGGGUUCACAAGUACUUUUGAGUACUAAGUUCAUCUUGUAUACGUUUUCAUAUUAUAACAUUUUUACAUGUCUUUUGUAGCUAUCUUUAUAUGUUACAGAAGGCCUCUUGAUUAUUUAUUGAUAAAUGUGUUUAAAAUAGUUGUGAAUGCCAGAAAAAAAAAUUGCUUAGAAGUGCUUGAUUAUUUGAAAAUAUAUUAAGUAGUGUAUAUGUAAUGGCCAAGAUUUGAAGUAACAGGGUGUAACAUCAUAAUUGCUAGAUAAUAUUAGAAAGCUUAUUUAUUUUGAGGUCUAUGGUUCAUUUGUCAUGUGGUAAGAACAAUGAAAUUUCUGGCAUUUUUAAAUGACUAGUUAAUAUAAACCAUUUUAUACUUGUGGUUAUACUCUCUUCUCUAUGUGUGUGUGUAUAUAUAUAUAUCUUUAGAUAUAUAUAAUUAAAUGUGUGUGUAUGUGUCUGCAUGAAUUGUUUACUAAAGAAAAAGGUUUUAUGCCAUUGAUUCUAGUCUAUUGAAAUGUCAACUAUAGAGGAAAGUAAUGAUGGAGGAUUUUUUUAUCAGAAGUUCCAGAGAGCAAUGAAAAGUAUAUAUAAAGUGUUGAGAUUAGACCGUGGACCAAGUUCAAGCCUUGAAACAACACUGCUAUUUGAUGUGUAAAUGAUGUAAGAGUUGAGUAGUAUGUUAUUAGUGUUGUAACUGUUUUCUGGCCCUUCUCUCAUACCUCUUAGCUUCUCAUUUAUACAUUGUUUACUUCGUGCAACUAGCAAAACUUUGCUGUUCCUUUAUAUGCAUUUAAUACAUCACCGCUUUUUUCAUGAAUAUUGUUUAAGUUACCUUUGUUUAUUUGUUUUCUGCCAAAUUGUCAUUGUUUUUCUCGGUAACACUGGACGAAAUAAUGAGUUUGCAGUACUAACAAUGUGCACAUUACUUUUUAUUUAAAAACAUGUUCUUAAAUGUUCUUUACAUUGGAAUGAAAAGCAACUUUAUUUAGACAAAAUUAGAAGUAAUGCAUGAAUUUAAAUGAAUUGAUUAUGUGUUAGUAUAUAUAAGCUGGUAAAUUUACUGGCGGAUUUCGUCAACAAAACAUCUGUUUUGUGAAUGUUUAUUUUAUACAUAUUUAGUAUAAUAUCAGAUUUCAUAAUAGUGAACAAAUUUUUACAUGUUAAUUUCACUGAAUUAUAUCUAUAAAAUAGAAGUUUUUUUUUUAAUUUUUGGUAAGAUGUUAAUACAUUUGUGAGCAGACCAAACUAAUUGACAAGUUGGGGAAUAGUGAACAACUGGCAGUAAACAUUGAUGACAAAAUAGUGUUUGUUUUUACCUUAAAGCCAGCCUUGUUGGAAAAUUUACUAAUUAUAUAACUGGAUUAUGAAUAUUUUAUAUCUUUAACUUUAAUAGAUGUCACAUUAUAGAGUUGUGUAAGAAAUGUAAGAUCGGAGAAAGUUGUCAAUAGUUUGGUAAAGAAGCUGUUCCACAGAUAUGUUAGCAUUUUAUAUGUGUUUUUGUAUAGAACUAUAUAGUCUGGCUAUUUAUUUCUUGGAUGGGUGAAUUGUAACAGAUACAAUAUGUAUUAGAUGUGUUAUUGUCCUAGCUAUUUGAUUUCUUGCUAGAUUAUACUGAUCCAGUCAGCACAUCAUGCUGUUGAUAGAAAAUUGCCCACUUCGUCACUUACACACAUUUUAUAUGUUUUUAUCGGUAAUAAAAAACAACAUAUCCUCCAUAAAGGUUAAAAAAAACAAAACCUGUGACAUUAACUUCACUUUAUUGUGCAGAUUUUUAUUGUAAUUUGGCAUUCUGGUUUGCUUAAAUUUUUUAAAUAUUCUUCAGUAAAUCCAUUUAGAAAGUAACAAUGAAAAAUGAAGUGGGCAUUGUCAGUAUUUUGUACAUAAAUAUUCACUUGUAAAAUUUUAUAUUAAGUGCAAUCAUAUGGUGGUGUAAUGUCUAGUGAUGUAUGUAGUACUCCUUCUGAUAAUUCCUAACAUUAUUAACCAACAAACAAUAUAUACAUGUGAAAAUGUCUCUAAAAGUUCCAUCCUAUUUCCAAAACCAUCUUGAUUUCAAAUAGUGCUAGCCAGAAAUGAACUGUUCAAUUUGGAAUUAAAAAUAUCAAAAUUUUUGUCUGAAAAAAAAAAUUCAGAAGACCUACAUAAGCAGAAAAUAUUGUUAAUAUCGGAUUUUUACCAUGGUAACAGUUAUAUGGGUGCAUGAUAGACAAUUGUAUAACUGUACAAAGUACUCCUGUGUUUAACUGUAUAUGUUUUGUAACUUUACACAGCUGAUUUAAACUAAUUCUAGAUAAUUUGGAUUUUGGAUUUUCCUGUUAAAAAUGUACUACUAUUAUAAAUGGAGUAAAAUAUACUUAAUGAUUUAUUAAAAUGCUUUAAAAAACUACAUUGUAAGGGUAAUACUUUGUAACAUAAGUCAAACAUUUAUAAAGAAUACUAUAGAUUUGUUGUAUGUAUUUAUGCUCAAUCUCUUAAAAGGAGAUAUUUUACAACUUGGCAUCAGUGAUCAGCCUUUUGUUUUAACUAGAGUGAACGCUUAUAUACGUGUAUAUGUAUCUGUUACUUUCAUUUGUCAAUAAAGCUACAUGUCUAAA